AUGGCGGCGCAUGUCCUCAUCGUGCCCUUCCCCGCCCAGGGACACAUGAACCCCAUGGUACAGUUCGCCAAGAGGCUGGCGUCCAAGGGCGUGGCCACCACGCUCGUCACCACCCGCUUCAUCCAGAGGACUGCCGGCGUGGACGCGCACCCGUCGUGCGCGGUCAGCGCCGUGUACUACCACUUCAGCCAGGGGAGGCUCGCCGUGCCGCCGCCGGUGGCCGUGGACGGCGACGGUGGUGCCGCCCGGAGCGAGGCGUUCCUGGGCCUGCCGGAGAUGGAGAGGUCAGAGUUCCUGUCGUUCGUGUUCGACCAUGGGCCGUAUCCGACGAUCGCCAAGCAAGCGCCGAAACAGUUCGCUCAUGAGGGAAAGGAUGAUUGGGUGCUGUUCAACUCGUACGAAGAUCUGGAAAGCGAGGUUUUGGCUGGACUGACAAACUACCUGAAGGCCCGAGCCAUCGGUCCGUGCGUGCCGCUGCCCGCCGCUGAAACGACCGGCGCCACUGGCCGCCGGAUCACCUACGGCGCCAACCUGGUGAACCCGGAGGACUCGUGCAUCAAGUGGCUAGACACCAAGCCCCACUGCUCCGUGGCCUACGUCUCCUUCGGCAGCUUCGCGUCCCUCGACGCUGCCCAGACGGAGGAGCUCGCUCGCGGCCUCCUCGCCGCCGGCAAGCCUUUCCUGUGGGUGGUGAGGGCCACCGACGAGCAACAGGUUCCGCGCCACCUCCUGGACGACGCGACGGCGUCGGGCGCCGCGAUGGUCGUGCCCUGGUGCCCGCACCUGGACGUGCUGGCGCACCCGGCCGUGGGCUGCUUCGUAACCCACUGCGGCUGGAACUCCACGCUGGAGGCGCUCAGCUACGGCGUGCCCAUGGUGGCGAUGGCGCUGUGGACGGACCAGCCGACUAACGCUCGGAACGUCGAGCUCGCCUGGGGCGCCGGCGUGCGCGCGCGCCACGACGCCGGCGCGGGAAUGUUCCUGCACGGGGAAGUGGAGCGGUGCGUGCGCGCCGUUAUGGACGACGGCGAGGCGGCGAGGAAAUGGAGGGACAUGGCUCGCGCGGCGGUGGCACCAGGCGACAGCUCUGACCGGAACCUGGACGAGUUCGUGCAGUUUGCGCGCGCCGGCGCCACGGAGAAGUGCAAGGCGCUGGUUUUGAAGGGAGGUGAGGUUGCAGGGUCCGAGAUGUGA